AUGGCUAAUCCUCCAAUCAAGCCCAUUCCAGUGGUGAUGGAGCCUUCUGGCUACCUAACUAAAAUGCUCAAAUCAAGCCAAGGGACAGACUAUGUGCCUCCAACGGACGCUGCAGCUCCUACAUCCGAAUCUCACACCAGAUUCUAUCUAUACAAGUUCGACGAGUCGUCGCCGAAUGGACAGAAAAUCCCUCUAAUAAACUCCAAAUCAUACUACACAAUAGGCAAAGACCCACAGACAAACGACAUCGUCGUUGCAGAUGAGCUUGUGUCGGCCAACCACGCCGUUCUUCAGUUCAGAUCCAAGAACUCAGAAAUUACUGCUUAUAUAAUCGACCUUGAUUCCACCAAUGGAACCUUCAUCAAAGAUCACGAGCUGCCGCCCAAUCGUUACGUCGAGGUUCUCCAUAAAGAUGUCUUGCGGUUUGGAGAUCCUGAAUCGCAAACAGAGUUUGUUUUCAUUCGUGAUUAA